UUUCUCGAGCUACUUAUCUUCCCCCUCUAGUCUUAGAACCCAUGCCUGUCUCUUUGGAUGGGCUUCCCUACGAUAUACUAUUUUUUGUCACGUCAUAUUUAAGUUUCGAAGACAUCCUUAGCCUUGGGGAUUCACACCCCAAGUUCAAAGCUCUUCUGCUCGAAAGUACACUAUGUCGGAGGACUAUCGAGACUCACGUGGAACAUACGAAAGAUGCACAAUCGGCCCGAGACUACAAUCAGAAACUCGAACCAACUUCACCGAGGAAGAAAAUGCGUCGGUGCCAAAAGGAGGAGAUUGCGUACAUCGAAGCUAUGAAAAACAUACACGACAAACGCAUCGCUUUUCAAAGUUGCCUCCCAUAUUCUGCACGAGUACUAGGCCACGGAAACGGUUUUUGUUACCGUCGCGGCUCAUUAUGCAUAUUAAAAGGCAGCACUCUUCGAAUUCUAGAUACAAGUCAUCCUUCACAAAGUAUGGAAAUCGAUCUGACUGCCACUGUCGAAACUUUUCGAGGAGCUUCAACGUCAGCAGCCGAUUUCGAUAUAUCCUUGAUGUAUUAUAGCGAUGACAUUGCUGCCAUCCUCUACGAGAAAAAGGCGCGGCCCAACGAAAGCUGCAUUUAUGCCAUCAGCACCAAAAAGGCACUUCCAAGCAACAAAAGACUCUUACUGGAAAAAUGGUUGGAAACGAGCUAUAAAUUUUUCUGUCGCCAUACAGCCAAAUGGCUUUACUACGGGACAUACAGCGCGAUGGGAUCCAAUGGCCGCCAUCACGAGUGGGAGAUCCAAGGAGUGUCUCUCACCGGUAAUGACUCACCGGCGAAGACCCCUAAGAUUGUACUGGAAGGUUUUUUUGGGGCAGAUAUCGGUUCUACUGUCGCCUUUGAAAUACGGGACGGUUUCUUCUACGCUGUAUCGAACCAGACUUCUUUCGAGGUGGAAGAGAUCGACUGGACAUCUUUCUACCAUAUCAUACGCUUUCCACUCGAAAAUCCCCGCCGCGACAAUACAGAUAUCAAUAAGAGGUUGUAUCGACGACAGCACGCAGAGGGUCCUAUCCAUGAUUCGUGGACUGAGUUGACGAUUCAAUUCGAUGAUGCUACAGGGCAAGCAAGAAUAGUGGAAUCACGCCGCGAAUGGGUCCGCAGCACGAGUGAGCAGAAACGCACCUUCUACAUUGCAGACUUCAAUUUCGACCCCUCUUCAGCUUCAGAUUCAGAUGAAGCAUCUGAACCGGUCAGAGCGUUGCCCGACAACGAUUUGUUCACCACCGUUUUAGAUGACCGUAACAAACCCAGUUGGGCUCCAGAACAACAACGAUUGAACCCAACCUUCCACACCGAAUUCGCGCCAGAUUGCAGGGCCCCGAUCUUCACCCUCUCCCGGACGAAACUCAAGGCGUACAACCUCUCUACCAGCUCGUUUCUAGACCUCGUGGAAGAUGAACAUUGCUGCAACGAAACAACCACAGGUUCAUGCAUGCGAAUCCGCGUAGGGUCCCGUCGCACAGCACCGCUGGACUGGGUUCCUCCGUGCGACAAAUACGACAAAUACACCCCAAGCAAAUCCCCCAAAGAAUAUCUAGGGUCCAGAAGAGACGUUGUGUACCGACACUCACCCAUCAGGAUGUGGCCUCCGCCAGCCACUCAAUGCGCGUGUUCACGCAGAUUACACAAGAUACUCAACCCUCCGUUGCCCAACGACAGCCCUAUGUCGUACAAUCGCCACGUCGUCGGCAGCGUAGAUGAACACGGGCUUGUUUACAUGAUCCGGUCAGGACGCCCGUCUAGCGAGGAAAACCAGUUGGGUGUCAUCGUAAUGGUGAGCUUUACCCGGGGGCGGUCUUCCUCGUCGGUGGAGCGUCCUCCUUUAGGUCCUGCGGCGGCGGCGUCAGCAGCUGGUGAGGAAUGCUGUCAGCACCAGCGGCAAAUCGAUGAUGAAGGUGAUGAUGAUGAUGAAGAGUAUGACCCUGAUUACUGGCGGUGGAAACCUGGUGUCCAUAGGACCGGUGUGUGUCAUUGA